GCCAUUUUAGGGUGGUGGAGCGACGUCGCUGUGGUGAACUUGGCGCUGGAUCAUUUGUGCGGACGAAAACUUUUUUUGUUCUGAACCACGCGGUAGAGUUUCCCCAAAGUUUGCGAACUCCGAGUUCAAAACACAUACUAACAACUUCGAAGACGUGUACUCAGCGACUGGCGGGAACAAACCAGUUACCGGAAAACGUAAUGAUCACAAGAAAAAGAGGAAGACACAGCGGCAACAGUGUGGGCGCCAUGUGCUCAAGUCCUACGCAGGAGUGUGACCAAACCUUACACGUUGAGUCUGAAAGUGGAAUACAUACACAGACGUCUCCAGAAAGCGAUACGAACGACUGGGGCCUAGAUGACCUCUUUAGCACUGACAUCAACUGGGCAUUUGACAACGAUUUGCUCAGUCCUUUCGCAGACGUUGGAGUGCAAGAUCUGAACACCGAAGACAAGAUGGAUCAGGCAUCGAAUGUCUCAAUUUCCCACAAAAGAGGCUCAACUGAGAGGCAGAAGUUGCAAGACCUUUCUGGUCGCAUAAUCAAUAAGAAUGCAAUGGCAGCAAGAAUGAACCGGCUAAAAAAGAAGCAGUAUUUGAGUGGCUUAGAGCAGCGUGUUGGAUCCUUGACAUCCGAAAACCGGCUUCUCAAGCAGGAAAACAGCAACCUGAACAAAAGAGUGGAAGAAUUGGAGAAUGAGACUAGGAGUCCAACGAGAAUGACCAUGAUUAUGCCUUGCCACGAAAGAGAGUGAAGGUGGAGGACAAAGAUGCAGCAGGUGGUGUCUGCCUGCAUGUG